AUGGGAACUCAUCUACAGAUUCGUCUCACGGUUGAGGAAGGUCCACGACUCAUUGCCUGUCAGACACAUCUCUCCAGAGACCUUGGAAAAGGCGAGGCUCUUCUGGAUUCAGGCAACUCAAGCAACGUACUUCUCGCACGAGCUCAAGGCGCUACAAGCCGACUCACCGUUGGCAAAGGCACACGCAUUCAACAGAUUGACUGCCUGUCGUCAUUGAUCAUCGCUCACGCUCAUCAACGGACUCUACAUGGAGGCACGCAGCUUACGCUGUCGCACAUCCGACAACGAUACUGGAUUCUCGGCGGAAGGGCUCCUGUCAAGUCUCACAUUCUGCGGUGUGUCACGUGUGCUCGGCAGAGGGGGAUCCGUGCUCAUCAAUUGAUGGGCCAACUACCUCUCUCUCGAGUUACGCAGGCACGACCGUUCACUCAUACAGGUGUGGACUACGCAGGGCCACUCACCGUCAAAACAUGGAAAGGAAAAGGUGCCAAAACAACUAAAGGCUGGAUUUGCGUCUUCGUCUGUUUCUCAACUUCAGCAGUACACCUAGAGGCGGUGAGUGACUACUCAACGGAGGGAUUCAUUGCCGCCUAUCGACGCUUCUCAUCCAGACACGGCAUUGCUCACACCUUACACUCAGACUGCGGCACCAAUUUCAUCGGCGCGGAUACAGCUCUCAAACGGCUAUUUAUCCAGAGCACUCAAGAACAUCAGCGAGUUUCUCACCUGCUCUCGCAGGAUAACACCCGAUGGGAAUUCAAUCCCCCAGCGACACCUCACAUGGGAGGAAAAUGGGAGGCCGUCGUAAAAUCAAUCAAAUUCCAUCUACGGCACACCAUUGGAGAAGCCGUACUCACCUUUGAGGAGCUCACCACAUUGCUCACUCAAAUUGAGGCAAUCCUCAACUCGCGACCUCUCGAACCAUUGAGUGACGACGCGGAUGACAUCUCAGCACUCACGCCAGGCCACUUCCUCGUAGGAAGUCCGCUCCCCACCAUACCAGAGCCAUCACUCACCGACCUGGCAAUCUCAAGACUCUCACGAUGGCAGCUCAUCCAGCAAAAGGCACAACAUUUUUGGACACAAUGGUCAGCGCAUUACCUACAACGUCAACAGGCCAUCUCAAAGUGGCACCACAAGAACAACGAGAUCAAGAUCGGAUCAUUGGUGCUCAUCACCGACGAGCGGCUACCGCCAUGCAAAUGGCCGUUAGCCCGGAUCACAGCUCUACAUCCUGGGAAGGAUGGUCUCGUGCGGGUGGUGACUCUGAAGACAGCCACUACCACUCUCAUCCGACCCAGUGGUCAAGCUCUCCGUCCUGCCAAUCUCAUCAUAAGAUCAGGGAUCAUCAACUACGUUGCUGAUGGCGGGCGGAAUGUUCGAGAUUCAUUUCUGAAUCUCGCAAAAGUUGAUCCCAAGUAUGUCCACCGGAUAUAUCUAAAGGGAUUUUCAAACAUCCCGGGUAUAUCCGUGAAAAUCGGUAGAACAUACUAA